AUGGUCUUCUUCUCUCGUUUCUUCCGAUUCGCCGGAAAAUUUCCCAGUAGAGGAAAUUUCUCUCGACGUGUCUACUGGAGAAAAGAACAGAGCUUGCGUGUCGAAUCGAUUCCAUGGAUUCAAAAAGCUUCGAAUUUGACGAUUUACAAAUCAUUUUCUGCUGAAACCCAAGUUUCCCCUGUUACUACUGCUAACGACGAAAUCAGAGUCUCGCAAGACGCGGAGAGAAUCUGUAAGAUCGUAUCGAAAUCGACAGAUUCAAGCAUCGGAAAAUUGCUCGACGGAGCUUCAGUGAAACUCUCGCCGGAACUGAUCGAAGAAGUGAUUAAGAAGCUGAGCAACGCCGGAGUUCUCGCUUUCUCCGUCUUCAAAUGGGCAGAGAAUCAGACGAACUUCAAGCACACGACUUCCACCUACAACGCAUUGAUCGAGUCGUUAGGCAAAAUCAAGCAAUUCAAGCUCGUCUGGUCUCUCGUAGACGACAUGAAACGCAAAAAGCUUCUGAGCAAAGACACGUUCGCGCUAAUCUCCAGACGAUACGCUCGAGCGAGGAAAGUCAAAGAAGCGAUUCACGCGUUUCACAAGAUGGAAGAUUUCGGAUUCAAGAUGGAAUCCACAGACUUCAAUCGAUUGCUCGACACUUUAAGCAAAUCGAGAAACGUCUCCGAUGCACAGAAGGUGUUCGACAAAAUGAAGAAGAAGAGAUUCGAUCCUGAUUUAAAGUCUUACACUAUCUUACUCGAAGGUUGGGGUCAAGAGCUGAAUCUUUUGAGAGUCGGUGAGGUUUACAAAGAGAUGAAAGAGGAAGGCUUUGAGCCUGAUGUCGUCACUUACGGUAUUGUCAUCAAUGCUCAUUGUAAAGCUAAGAAGUAUGAUGAAGCGAUUGGGUUGUUUCACGAGAUGGAACAGAGGAAUGUGAAGCCAAGUCCACACAUUUACUGCAGUUUGAUCAACGGGCUUGGCUCGGAGAGGAAGCUGGAUCAAGCGAUUGAGUUUUUUGAAAAGUCGAAGCUUUCCGGGUUUCCGCUUGAAGCUCCGACUUACAAUGCGUUGGUCGGAGCUUAUUGCUGGUCGAAGAGAGUGGAGGAAGCGUUCAAGAUCGUGGAAGAGAUGAGGGUGAAUGGGGUUGGUCCAAACGCAAGAACUUACGAUGUGAUCUUGCACCAUUUGGUUCGGAUGCAGCGGACGAAAGAAGCUUAUGAGGUUUAUCAGAAGAUGAGCUGUGAGCCGACGGUGAGUACUUACGAGAUCUUGGUGAGGAUGUUCUGUUAUGUGGAGAGAUUGGAUAUGGCGGUGAAAGUUUGGGAUGAGAUGAAAGGGAGAGGUGUGCUUCCGGGAAUGCAUAUGUUUUCGAGUUUGAUUACGGCUUUGUGUGAUGAGAAUAGAUUGGAUGAGGCUUGUGUGUAUUUUGAUGAGAUGUUGGAUGUUGGGAUUAAGGCGCCGGGACAUAUGUUUAGUCGGCUUAAAGAAGCGCUUCUUGAUGAUGGCCGGAAAGAUAAAGUUGUGGAGUUGGCUGUGAAGAUGGAUAGGUUGAGGAAAACUCAACUUCUUGGGUGA